AUGAUGAGAUGCCUUGCAAGUGCCUCAAUGCUUUAUUCUAUCCUGGUUUUAUGUCCAUUUCUCAACCUGGAAGCUACUCUGACAAACGCUGGCAGCGCAGAGCCGAGUAAAAGCGCACAAUACUCCAGCAUUCCUGCUCAGGCACAAUCUUCAAUUGAUGACGAUGAUACUAUCACGCAUGUGUACAAACGUAUCCGUGGCAAUACAGGUCAUACAAUCGCUGUUCCUAUUCCAAGAGGCGAAGAACUUUUAAAGCAUGACGGACGAGGAAAGCAACCAAAGAACUAUAAUACAAUUGAGCAAGUCAUUGGAAGAGGAGUCAAAAGAAUGAUGGAAAGCAACCCUAACAUUCAAGAGAAAGAUGCGAUUCAAUUAAUGCAAGAAAAGAUUGAGCAAAAAAGCAUUAAAGAAUGUAAGCAAAAAAGAGAACGACUACAACAGGAGAGAAUAUUGCAUCCAAAAAAAGAUCUUCGUAAAACAAAUGGUCGGCGAAGUUAUGAAGUGGAAAAAGCACGUAGUAUUGCUCAUAUGCUUAAAACGAAAAAUAAUGGCAUUUUCAAUCGUGAUCAAGCUGAAAUCGAAUUUGAGGCGAAAAGAGAAUUGAAACGCAAAAAAGAUCGUGAAAGAAAACAAAUUCAACGCAACGCCCAAAAGGAAGCAAAAUUGAAGAGUUCCAGGUAA